ACUGGAGCGUGGCGGCCGCUGUCAGCGCCGGAGGGAGACCAAGAGCCCCUAGGGCUCCAGCCCACCAGAGCCGAGGCGCCCCCUCCCCUAUGCCACCUCGCGCCCGCCCCCUGCCGCGCGCGAGCCAAGGCCGGCGCCCCGCCCGGAGAUGGGCAGACGCGUAGAUGGCGUGGCUCCCAGCGCCGCCAGAUCGCAGGAACCCGGCGCCGGGGCGUUGCGCUGAGGCUCCCUCUCCGCGCGGCGCGGGAAGCCUGCAGGUGUCCUUGGCAGCUCGGCCGCCGCCCCGGGUACUCCUUUGUCAGUGCCCAGAGCCCGGCUCCCUAGAGCAGCCCCGCCCCCCAGGCGCCGCGCAGCGCAGGACGCCCCGUCUGAGGCCCCCCCGCCCCAGCGCGGCCCCCGCAGCGCUGCGCCGGGUCCGGCUCAGCUCCCAGCCGCGGACGCAGGACCCGAGGCUCGCUCCUGCGGGCGUGCUUGUUUUCCAGCUGCCGCCUCGCCCUGCGCAGCCCCCGCCCGCCUGGCCGCAGCGCUCUGCUCUGCCCCGCCUGCCUUCCUCGCCCGGCGCUGGAUUUAUGAAUGGGGGGAAGAGGCCACAUGCCGCCGCCGCCGCCUCGUGUUGACCGCAAGCAGCCCGGGCCCACGGAGCUCCGGCUACCGUGAGAGUGUCAGCACGGCCCCGGCAGCCACUCGGAGGACUUGUUGCUGCUGCGCUGCCGCCGCUGCGGGGAAGCCGGCUGCUCCGGGGCUUGGUGCGGUCUGGGAGCCGGAGGGUGGCCCGUGUGAGUGUGAGCGCGCGCGUCCCGGACCUUCGCGGUGCGCCUGAACUGUGCGCUUCCUUGUCUUUGGUCGGGGUGACGGCGGGGGCGUGUCCCCAGCCCAGAGCGUCUGUCUGUCCCGUCCUAGCGGGGGACCGCGUGUGUGCUUGCUUCUACUUCCCCGGGUCCUCCCUCUCUCCGCCUCCCUCUCUCCGGAGCUUCCUGCCCUAACCCCAACCACCUGUGCACCAGAGAAAUCCAACUCCUGUCGCUCCGCGUCCUAGGGGGGAUAGGCAGGGGCAGGGCCACGCCGCAGAGGGGGCCGCCGCCGCCUCCUGCCUCUUCUUCGUUUCCUCCCCCUCCCCCGUCUGACGCUGCCUCCUCGGGAAGGGUGUUUGGAGGGCAGCGGCCGCCCCAAGCCGGAGCCCCGCAGCGCUUCUUAUGAUUAGCUCGGUGUGUGUCUCCUCCUACCGCGGGCGCAAGUCGGGGAACAAGCCUCCGUCCAAAACAUGUCUGAAGGAGGAGAUGGCCAAGGGCGAGGCGUCGGAGAAGAUCAUCAUCAACGUGGGCGGCACGCGACAUGAGACCUACCGCAGCACCCUGCGCACCCUACCGGGAACCCGCCUCGCCUGGCUGGCCGACCCCGACGGCGGGGGCCGGCCCGAGACCGAUGGCGGCGGCGCGGGCGGCAGCGGCGGCGGGGGCUGCGAGUUCUUCUUCGACAGGCACCCGGGCGUCUUCGCCUACGUGCUCAACUACUACCGCACCGGCAAGCUGCACUGCCCCGCCGACGUGUGCGGGCCGCUCUUCGAGGAGGAGCUCACCUUCUGGGGCAUUGACGAGACCGACGUGGAACCCUGCUGCUGGAUGACCUACCGGCAGCACCGCGACGCCGAGGAGGCGCUCGACAUCUUCGAGAGUCCGGACGGGGGAGGCAGCGGCGCGGGGCCCAGCGACGAGGCCGGCGACGAUGAACGGGAGCUGGCCCUGCAGCGAUUGGGCCCCCACGAGGGAGGUGCGGGCCACGGCGCCGGGUCUGGAGGCUGCCGCGGCUGGCAGCCCCGCAUGUGGGCGCUCUUCGAGGAUCCCUACUCCUCACGGGCGGCUAGGGUAGUGGCCUUUGCCUCUCUCUUCUUCAUCCUGGUCUCCAUCACCACUUUCUGCCUGGAGACACAUGAGGCCUUUAAUAUCGACCGCAAUGUGACAGAGAUCCUCCGCGUGGGGAACAUCACCAGCGUGCACUUCCGGCGGGAGGUAGAGACAGAGCCCAUCCUGACCUACAUCGAGGGCGUAUGCGUGCUGUGGUUUACGUUGGAGUUCCUGGUGCGCAUCGUGUGCUGCCCCGACACGCUGGACUUCAUCAAGAAUCUGCUCAACAUCAUCGAUUUUGUGGCCAUCCUGCCCUUCUACUUGGAGGUGGGGCUGAGCGGCCUGUCAUCCAAGGCAGCCCGCGAUGUGCUGGGCUUCCUGCGCGUGGUGCGCUUCGUGCGCAUCCUGCGUAUCUUCAAGCUCACACGCCACUUCGUGGGGCUGCGCGUGCUGGGCCACACGCUGAGGGCCAGCACCAAUGAGUUCCUGCUGCUUAUCAUCUUCCUGGCCCUGGGCGUGCUCAUCUUUGCCACCAUGAUCUACUAUGCUGAGCGCAUCGGGGCCAGGCCCUCCGACCCUCGGGGUAAUGACCACACCGACUUUAAGAACAUCCCCAUUGGCUUCUGGUGGGCUGUGGUCACCAUGACAACACUGGGCUAUGGAGACAUGUACCCCAAGACGUGGUCAGGCAUGCUGGUAGGGGCACUGUGUGCGCUGGCUGGCGUGCUUACCAUCGCCAUGCCGGUGCCUGUCAUCGUCAACAACUUCGGCAUGUACUACUCCCUGGCCAUGGCCAAGCAGAAGCUGCCCAAGAAGCGGAAGAAGCACGUGCCACGGCCGGCCCAGCUGGAGUCACCCAUGUACUGCAAGUCUGAGGAGACCUCCCCCCGGGACAGCACCUACAGUGACACCAGCCCCCCUGCCCGGGAAGAGGGUAUGAUCGAGAGGAAACGGGCAGACUCUAAGCAGAAUGGCGAUGCCAACGCAGUGCUGUCCGAUGAGGAGGGAGCUGGCCUCACCCAACCCCUGGCCUCCUCCCCCACGCCUGAGGAGCGCCGGGCCCUGCGACGCUCCGCCACUCGAGACAGAAACAAGAAGGCAGCUGCCUGCUUCCUGCUCAGCGCUGGGGACUAUGCCUGCGCCGAUGGUAGUGUCCGGAAAGAGACCUGCCAAGAUGCCCUCUCAUCCAACUAUGCCCAGGCUGAAGUCCUCACCCUCUCUUAAAGCGGCACCAACGUGAGAGAGACAGGCAGACAGACAGAAAGCCAGAGGCUUAGGGAAACUCUGGAACCCAGACAAGAAUCUUUUUGCUGAGAAAGACUCAGAUAUCCUUGUUUGCACAGGACUGGUGGAAAACCUCCCAUGCAACCCUUGGGGCCCAGAGCCAUCUGGGUCUGAUGUUCUGUUCUACUGUACAUUGAAGAGAUAUAUAUGCACAUAUAGUAUCUAUAUUCAUACAUACUAUACUCUUGUGUGUAGUGCACGUGCUAUUGGUGGUUUGUCUUCUUUGUUAGGCUUUGUCUCCCUAAGCCCUUGCCCCACUCAGAGUUUCCCAUCCCUUUCACUGAUUUCUGUUGUUUCUGCUGACUGUGUGGGUGGAAAGUCCCAAGAAAAGUGCAUCUGGGAAUUGCCAGUCCAGCUGGGUGGUCCCAGGCUCCUGUCUUAGGGGUGUUUCCCCUGUCAGCAAGUAACCUGGUGAAGUCUAUUGAAGGCCAGACUGCCCCCCAUGGUCACUGCUUCACUAGCCCCACCCCACCCCAGAUUGGGGUUCUACCUCCCACCCCACACCCUCGUUGUGGGGGGACUUCCAGGGGGCUCCUCUGCAGCCUCCUCCACUCCUUCCUCGACCCCAUCUAUGUCCUUGACUUAGGGGGGCAUUUUGUCUUUUAUUUUUGAUUUUGUUCUGUCUCCGUCUGUUUGUUGUCAAAGAUGCUGCUGGGCAGAUGGGCAGGGAAAGGAUCUGUCUGCCCAUCUGGCCCACGGGGUCUGAGAAGGGAAGCCUUGGGCGAGAGGAAACCAGUUGCAAUACUGUACUUCCUGGCCAGUGGCCAGCGGAUGCGUGCAAUAGCAGAGGCCAGGUGACCCCUUCAGCCUUGGCCUCUGCCCCUCCCUUGGCCUUCCCUCCCUGCUCCUCCGUGGUGUUGGUCAGUCCUUUUCUAAAGCUGUCCUCUCGUGUGUGUCUGGGGCAUGCUCAGGCUGGGCCCUGUGCCCUGUCUGCGUGCCUCCAACUGUCAUGCUGUGCUCGAGCCCCAAUAAAGACAUCUGGAGCAUCCUGCUGCUCCUGCUGUGUGA